UGUUCCCCACAAGCACAACCGCACGCGCACAGAGGAACACUGAACCCUCCUCGCGCUCCGAGACAGAACCUCGUUCCCAAGCGGCUCCAUGCAGGAAGACGGCAUGAGCAGCGAGAACCCCGGGCUGGUUUACCUUCUGACAGGAGGAUGCGGAUUUCUGGGGCAGCACCUGCUGAGGGUUCUGCUGGAGAAAGAGGAGAAGGUGAAGGAGAUCCGGCUCUUCGAUAAGCACAUCGACUCCAGCCUGGAGGACUGGAGCACAGAGCGGGUGAAAGUGCUGGUCAUGCAGGGUGACAUUACGGAUUACGGCAGUGUUUUGGAGGCGUGUCGUGGAGCUGAUCUGGUGGUUCACUCGGCCAGUCUGGUGGAUGUGUGGUACAAAGUUCCGGAGAGAAUAAUCUACUCCGUCAACGUAGGAGGAACGGAGAACGUGAUUAAUGCGUGUAAGGAGCUCGGGAUUCAGCACCUGGUCUACACCAGCAGUAUGGAGGUGGUCGGACCCAACGUGAAGGGAGACAAUUUCGUCAGGGGAGACGAGGACACGCCGUAUAACGUGUGUCACGACAUGCCGUAUCCCAGGAGUAAAGCAGAGGCAGAGAAACUGGUGCUGGAAGCCAACGGUACCAAGGUAGCAGGCGGCGCGGCGCUCUACACGUGCGCUCUGCGUCCCACGGGGAUUUACGGUGAAAACCACCAGCUGAUGAAGGAGUUCUACAUGAUGGGGGUUCGUACAGGCGGCUGGCUCAUUAAAGGAGCUCCACAGGACACCGAGCACGGGCGCGUUUACGCAGGAAACGUGGCGUGGAUGCACGUGUUGGCAGCGCGGGCUUUACGUGAGCAUCCCGAGCGACUCGGCGGCGAAGUGUACUUCUGCUACGACGACUCUCCCUACAAGAGCUACGAGGAGUUCAACAUGCAGUUCCUGUCUGCGUUUAACUUCCGCUCCCUGUGCAUACCGCUCUGCGUGCUCUGGCUGAUGGCGUGCUUCAACGAGCUGCUGCACUGGCUGCUGAAGCCCGUGUGCGACUUCACGCCCAUGCUGAACCGCUACACGCUGGCCAUCGCCUGCACCUCCUUCACCGUGCGCUCGGACAAGGCGCUGCGCCACUUCCAAUACCGCCCGCUGUACGACUGGCAGCAGUGUCGAGCUCGCACGCAGAAGUGGGUGGACACGUUCCCUCUGGACUCCAGCAGAAAGGCCGGGUGACCACGGGGCGCGGCAGGAGACACGAGGACGGACGGAGACACACACACACACACACACACACACACACACACACACACACACACACACACACACACACACACACACACAGAGUGGACACAAGUGCCAGGGACUAAUGAUACAGGAAGGGAGUCGUGUCUUUUGUCUUUUAGGCCUGUUUAAAAUACUUACGAUGUAAUUAUCGACCCGCUGCCAAAGGAUUUAUAAUCGCUGUGUGGACACGCCCACUUUUAAUCAGCAAGAAUGCAAACGCUUAGUAACACACUGCUUAGUGACUGAUAUCGCCUAACAAUGAACUUUUUAAUUACUCAUAAAAUCCGCAAUCUAUACGUUAUGUUUCAUAAGUCGAGGAAACGGCGCACUAUUCAGAGCAGCGUGCAGAUUUUCAAAAUCGCAGCAGAUUUUCCGCAGAUUCGGGCCGAGACGGACCGAGGCAUUCAGCCACAGCCCUCUUCGAUUCACGGAGCGGAUCGUCAGGGACUUGUGAGGCCAAAGAAACGUAAUAGAAGGGAGCACCGGGCGUACAGAAAGAGGGCGAGAGGGACGUUAAAGUGGUGGACGGUUUGGAUCCAUUGGACGUGUUGUAGUACGUUCUCCGUUCUGGAUGCUGAUUGGUCAGAAGGUCCUGCUCGUCGUUCUAUACCAGCAGCUUUUAUUCCGUACUUAAGAACGUGUGGGGGGAGACGUUCUCCUGUACAACACCUAAAGAUAAAAAAACCCACAGGAGCAAUAAAGCAGCAAGGAAGCUAUUUAUAUCAUUUUAUUACAAUUAAUUUUUUAUUAUUAAUAUAGAAGCGUCUAAAAACAGCACAGUAGGACUGAUUGUUGCGCACACACACACACACACACACACACACACACACCGUCUCGGAUCGAUUCGUUAUUAACCGGUGUUUUCAGAGACCGAUUCACUUUUGUUAACGUUUCUCUGAUGUGUGUGCGCUCGCGUUAAUCCGCGUCUUUUUAUACCAGACGCGAAUCCUGCAGGUUCUGUACCAGAGACAGCAUUUACACGUUUCACACGUCAAGCACAAGAAGGGAAAAAAGAAAACCUCUUCCUACCUCUUUCUCUCCGUCUGUAUUAUUAAACCACUUUGCUUCUAUUCGUGUGAAAUGAUCACGUCUUUUCACUUGUUCGACGUGGCAAGAGAAGCACCAGAUUAAAGCUCAAAUCAUUUAAAAAAAUAUAUUUAUUAUUCGUACUGGUCUGUAAUUGAACCCGUGUAAUUACAUGAAUAUUUAUUUGCAUAAUGAAAAAGUACUGGGAAUGUCAUUAAAGUGCAAUAAACAAUA